AUGGCUUCUAUAGACGCACCUCCGGACGCGACUUAUGGAUUUGUCGGCAUUGGCGUUAUGGGGUACGGAAUGGCCAUGAAUCUGCGAUCAAAAAUACCGUCUACAUCAAAAUUCAUCCUCUGCGAAAUUAACGGGACCAGACGAGACCAGUUCAUCAACGAAGCCUCAGCGAAAGGCAAGGUUGAAGUAGCCCAGUCGCCUAAAGAACUCGCGCAGUUGGCUGACAUCAUUGUCACGAUGCUCCCGAAAGCCCGCCAUGUUGAGACCGUCUUCAAAGACCCGAACACUGGCUUUCUGAGCAUAGGAAAGCCUGAAACGCCAAAGCUCUUCCUAGAAUGCUCUAGUAUCGAUACUGCAGCUUCCGUUGCCCUAGCCAAGGAGGUCGAUGAGUCAGGUAUUGGCCGGAUGAUCGACGCGCCUGUUUCGGGAGGGCCUCAGGGCAGCGACGCAGGUACCCUGACGUUCAUGUGUGGUGGGCCAGAAGACCUCUUCCAGCAAGGCUUACCUAUUCUCGCAACUAUGGGGAAGAGGGAUAGUAUCGUUCAUUGCGGCGAUCAGGGCGCCGGCCUGGCGACGAAGCAGCUCAACAACUACCUCGGCUACGUCGGGUACUUGGGGCUCUGCGAGGUCAUGGCCACGGGUGUCAAGUACGGGCUGGAUCCGAAGAAGCUGUCGGAUGUGAUCAACAUGUCCAGCGGCAUGAAUUGGAACUCGUUGCAUCACAACCCUGUCAAGGGAGUCAAUCCGAACGCAUCAUCCGCCAAAGACUUCAAAGGUGGCUUCAGCGUUGAACUCGCACAAGGUGUCAUUGAGGAUGCAACAAAUCUUAUGAGCCAGGUCGGGACGAAGAAGGUGCUCGCCGACAGUGUUAUGGACGUCUAUACCAAAGCGCUGCAGGAUCCAAGGACGAAGGGACAAGAAGCGAGAAGCGUUUGGCGUUUCUUUGAAGGUUCAGAGAGUCCGAAUUGA